UGGUGGCUCUGUUUCAAACGUGGAUAAGUUCCAAUGCUAUACUACGAAGUACGUACAUGUACCGGUACAAAAAUUAGCAGACCAGAGAAAAUCUCUCCUCUCAGUCCUUCUUCAACAACGUUGACCAGUUGGAAGAAGAAAUUAAAUAUGGACCAUGUUAUUGCAUUGUUUGUUUUGGAAAGGAGGCCAUCAUCACCAUUGACGAAGGCUCUCACAAAGGUGAUCGAAACUACACGAAACAAGUGCAAAACACAAUGAAAUUCUACCACACUAUCAUUCUCUUCUUCCUGUUAUCGAUAGUGUCGGCACGUGUGGAUUGCUUCUCUCUCAUACCGACAGAUCGGCACCACCACCAGCAGUCUCUGAUUCGUCUCGGACUCUUUAGUUUUGGAGGAAGCGGCGAAAAUGCAUCCGUCCCCUCCACCACGAGCGCCCGCGAUAAGGCAGCCAUCGAAUCGUGUAAAAAGGCUAUCGAGCGCCCCCGCAAUGCGGACUUUCCGCUGAUCGAGCUUGAAUUUCCCGUCCUGGCUGCACUCAACAAGCUGGGAGACGGGUCACUACGGUCAGCCAUGGAGGCAGAAGAUGCCAACCUUUCAUUUGUAGGAAAACUCACAAAGGGGAUUUCGGUGCCAUUUCCGCUCUCUUUUGGUGGGUCGAAGGUAUCGAUUGCCCUGAGCUCGUCCGCCAGCAACUCGUUCAAAGCAAAGGCCGCUAAAAUCACCAAGGGAACGACCAUACUAUCGGCAUCGUCGCCGUCUCUUGCCGAAGAUGUUGGGAGUGGCGGAAUAUGCAUAUUCGUAUCGCCUACAUCUCGUGGCGACUACAACUCCGCGCAGCAACUGGCACGGUCUGGUACUGCGAAGGCGGUAGUGAUUGUUAAUGCCUUUGCGAAGGAUCCCCGGAGCAUCCCUGGAGACGCCACAAUGGCAUAUUUUCUGAAGCCACUGACAUACAAUUCACAGGUCGCCGGAUACCUGAUCCGAUCUUAUCCCAGUAACUGGACCGUUCUGGAUGCAACCUCAAAGGCGGUCCUCGGCACCUUUUCUGACGGGGAAAUUCUGGUCCAGGGCACAAACACUCCUGACCUCAGAGCUUCGGGAAGAAUAGUUCAAAAGUCGGUUGACGAACGGGCAAUUGCCGCACGCAACAGCAAUAAAUAGAGGGAGACGAAAACGAACAUCAUGUAGAAUGACAAAAAAGUUUCGAAAAAUAUGGGGCCCCUACUGUGUCGAUCGCGACUCGAAUUGAUUUGAGCCUGCAAUGCGGGACGAAAAUUGUUAGAGAACAAGACUAGCAUUACUUGCAUCAGAGUGCGAGAAUAUUUAACUUAUUUUGAGUAAUUUUGUACUAAAAAAUAUCAUUCGCUCAAAGUAAAAUCUGCUGUGAGAU